AUGCGCGAUAAGUCCUGGCAACCUCCUCCCAACCAAACCAUGGCAAUUCAGGAACAACAACCAGUCGAGGCUGCCGAAGUAACCCUAAUCGAAGCUGAACCCCCCAGCGGAGUGAAUUAUGAAAAUGAGGUUUCAGAUAAGAAUGUCCAAGCCAGUGUCCAAGCCGGUGUCCAAGCCGGUGUCCAAGCUAUCGAAGCCACGACCAUCGCCUGGACGACAAAGGCUUUGAUAUUUGCCUAUGUCAUGCUCUGGAUCACCUACUUUGUGGAGGGAAUGCUUGGGGGCGUUGUGGCCGCCUUGAACCCCUAUGUCACUUCAGCCUUUGCGCUACACUCGCUGACACCGACUGUGAGCGUGUUGAGCAGCGUUAUUGGCGGUGUUACCAACCUUACUCUCGCCAAAAUCCUCGACGUAUUCGGCCGACCCCACGGGUAUCUCUUCUGUGUCUCUAUCGCCACAAUCGGACUCGUGAUGAUGGCGGCUUGCGACAACGUCGAAUCUUAUGCGGCUGCACAGGUAUUCUAUACCGUCGGCAACAACGGUCUCCAGUACAGUUUGUCCGUCUUUGUCGCCGACACAUCCAAUCUCCGCAAUAGGGGUCUUAUGCAAGCCAUUGUUAGUACACCAAACCUGAUCACCUGUUGGUUAGGUGGUCCAAUAUCAACGGGUUUCCUCAAUGGUCCCGGUUGGCGUUGGGCGUUUGCCAUGUUUACGAUACUCGUACCGGCGGUGGCGCUUCCGCUCUGGGGCCUCCUUUUGAAGAAUUACUUCAAGGCAAAGAAGCAGGGACUCAUGCCGAAGAGCAACAACGAACGAAACAUGUUACAGUCACUUCUCCACUACUGUCGCGAAUUUGAUGCCAUGGGUCUGCUUCUGGUAUCUGCAGGCUUUGCGCUUUUCCUGUUGUCCUUUGACCUUUAUACUUUUCAAGCAAAGGGCUGGGACUCUGCUCUUGUCAUCAGCAUGCUAGCUGCUGGAGUGUCUCUGAUUGUUGCAUUCGCGGUUUGGGAAAAGUUCUUUGCCCCGAUCACACUGCUGCCCUAUUCCCUUCUGUUGGAUAGGACCGCCUUCGGGGCAUGUGUUCUGUCCGCCAUCCUAUUCUUGAGCUACUACUGUUGGUCAAGCUUUCUCGGUUCCUUCUUGCAAGUUGUGAAUGGCCUGAGUAUCACACACGCGAGCUAUAUCCAGCAAACAUAUACAGUUGGUUCUGUCUUAUGCUCUGUGGGCGUGGGAGCUCUGAUACAUUAUACCGGACAUUUCAAGCCUGUUUGUUUGUACAUUGGAGUCCCCCUGAACAUUCUGGGCGUGGGUCUAAUGAUCAACUUUCUCGGACCCAGCGCCAACAUAGGCUUCAUUGUCAUGUGUCAGAUAUUCCUCUCAAUUGGCUCCGGUGUGGUCGUCAUAUGCGAUGAGAUUGCUAUUCUAGCGGCAGCUUCACACCAACAUACUGCUGUCUGCAUAGCCGUUUUGUCAAUGUUUGCAAGUGUUGGCGGUGCCGUUGGCUUGACGAUCGCCUCGGCUAUUUGGCAAGACAUCCUUCCCAAGAAGUUGGCCGCUUACCUGCCGGCGAAAGAGCUGGAAAAUCUACCUCUGAUAUACGCAGACCUCAAGACGCAAUUAUCGUAUCCGAUAGGUUCAGAAACUCGCACCGCAAUCCAGCACGCGUAUGCGGAUACACAAAAGAUGUUGUUGACUGCUGGGACCGCUGUAUGGGCUGCUGGUGUUAUUGGGGUAUUGUUGUGGCGAAAUAUCAAUGUGAUUGGAAUCAAGCAGACCAAGGGCCAUGUUUGGUGA